AUGCAAUUCCCCUCGCCUCCAGCCGCGAGGAGCUCCCCUGCGCCGCAGGCAGCGUCUUCCUCCGAAGCAGCUGCACCUGCACCUGGGCAGCCUGGACCCUCGUGCCUUGUCCCCGGGACCUCGCGCGGGGGGCGGCCCGGGACACCCCCUGCGGGCCGGGUGGAGGAGGAAGAGGAGGAGGAGGAAGAAGACGUGGACAAGGACCCCCAUCCUACCCAGAACACCUGCCUGGGCUGCCGCCACUUCUCUUUAAGGGAGAGGAGAAGAGAGCCGAGGAGAACCAUGAGGGGCUGCGAAGUCCGGGAAUUUCUUUUGCAAUUUGGUUUCUUCUUGCCUCUGCUGACAGCAUGGCCAGGCGACUGCAGUCACGUCUCCAACAACCAAGUCGUGUUGCUUGAUACAACAACUGUGCUGGGAGAACUAGGAUGGAAAACAUAUCCAUUAAAUGGGUGGGAUGCCAUCACUGAAAUGGAUGAACAUAAUAGGCCCAUUCACACAUACCAGGUAUGUAAUGUAAUGGAACCAAACCAAAACAACUGGCUUCGUACAAACUGGAUCUCCCGUGAUGCAGCACAGAAAAUUUACGUGGAAAUGAAAUUCACAUUGAGGGAUUGUAACAGCAUCCCAUGGGUCUUGGGGACUUGCAAAGAAACAUUUAAUCUGUUUUAUAUGGAAUCAGAUGAGUCCCACGGAAUUAAAUUCAAGCCAAACCAGUAUACAAAGAUCGACACAAUUGCUGCUGAUGAGAGUUUUACCCAGAUGGAUUUGGGUGAUCGCAUCCUCAAACUCAACACUGAAAUUCGUGAGGUGGGGCCUAUAGAAAGGAAAGGAUUUUAUCUGGCUUUUCAAGACAUUGGGGCAUGCAUUGCCCUGGUUUCAGUCCGUGUUUUCUACAAGAAGUGCCCCUUCACUGUUCGUAACUUGGCCAUGUUUCCUGAUACCAUUCCAAGGGUUGAUUCCUCCUCUUUGGUUGAAGUACGGGGUUCUUGUGUGAAGAGUGCUGAAGAGCGUGACACUCCUAAACUGUAUUGUGGAGCUGAUGGAGACUGGCUGGUUCCUCUUGGAAGAUGCAUCUGCAGUACAGGAUAUGAAGAAAUUGAGGGUUCUUGCCAUGCUUGCAGACCAGGAUUCUAUAAAGCUUUUGCUGGGAACACAAAAUGUUCUAAAUGCCCUCCACACAGUUUAACAUACGUGGAAGCAACUUCUGUCUGUCAGUGUGAAAAGGGUUAUUUCCGAGCUGAAAAAGACCCACCUUCUAUGGCAUGUACCAGACCACCUUCAGCUCCUAGGAAUGUGGUUUUUAACAUCAAUGAAACAGCCCUUAUUUUGGAAUGGAGCCCACCAAGUGACACAGGAGGGAGAAAAGAUCUCACAUACAGUGUAAUCUGUAAGAAAUGUGGCUUAGACACCAGCCAGUGUGAGGACUGUGGUGGAGGACUCCGCUUCAUCCCAAGACAUACAGGCCUGAUCAACAAUUCCGUGAUAGUACUUGACUUUGUGUCUCACGUGAAUUACACCUUUGAAAUAGAAGCAAUGAAUGGAGUUUCUGAGUUGAGUUUUUCUCCCAAGCCAUUCACAGCUAUUACAGUGACCACGGAUCAAGAUGCACCUUCCCUGAUAGGUGUGGUAAGGAAGGACUGGGCAUCCCAAAAUAGCAUUGCCCUAUCAUGGCAAGCACCUGCUUUUUCCAAUGGAGCCAUUCUGGACUACGAGAUCAAGUACUAUGAGAAAGAACAUGAACAGCUGACCUACUCUUCCACAAGGUCCAAGGCCCCCAGUGUCAUCAUCACAGGUCUGAAGCCAGCCACCAAGUAUGUAUUUCACAUCCGAGUGAGAACUGCAACAGGAUACAGUGGCUACAGUCAGAAAUUUGAAUUUGAAACAGGAGAUGAAACUUCUGACAUGGCAGCAGAACAAGGACAGAUUCUUGUGAUAGCCACCGCCGCUGUUGGUGGAUUCACUCUCCUCGUCAUCCUGACUUUAUUCUUCUUGAUCACUGGGAGAUGUCAAUGGUACAUAAAAGCCAAGAUGAAGUCAGAAGAGAAGAGAAGAAACCACUUACAGAAUGGGCAUUUGCGCUUCCCAGGAAUUAAAACUUACAUCGAUCCAGAUACAUACGAAGACCCAUCCCUAGCAGUUCAUGAAUUUGCAAAGGAGAUUGAUCCCUCAAGAAUUCGCAUUGAGAGAGUCAUUGGGGCAGGUGAAUUUGGAGAAGUCUGUAGUGGACGUUUGAAGACACCAGGGAAAAGAGAGAUCCCAGUUGCCAUUAAAACUUUGAAAGGUGGCCACAUGGAUCGGCAAAGAAGAGAUUUUCUAAGAGAAGCUAGUAUCAUGGGCCAGUUCGACCAUCCAAAUAUCAUUCGUCUAGAAGGUGUUGUCACAAAAAGAUCCUUCCCGGCCAUUGGGGUGGAGGCGUUUUGCCCCAGCUUCCUGAGGGCAGGGUUUUUAAAUAGCAUCCAGGCCCCGCAUCCAGUGCCAGGGGGAGGAUCUUUGCCCCCCAGGAUUCCUGCUGGCAGACCAGUAAUGAUUGUGGUGGAAUAUAUGGAGAAUGGAUCCCUAGACUCCUUUUUGCGGAAGCAUGAUGGCCACUUCACAGUCAUCCAGUUGGUCGGAAUGCUCCGAGGCAUUGCGUCCGGCAUGAAGUAUCUUUCUGAUAUGGGUUAUGUUCAUCGAGACCUAGCAGCUCGGAAUAUAUUGGUCAAUAGCAACUUAGUAUGCAAAGUUUCUGAUUUUGGUCUCUCCAGAGUGCUGGAAGAUGAGCCAGAAGCUGCUUAUACGACAACUGGUGGAAAAAUCCCCAUCAGGUGGACAGCCCCAGAAGCCAUCGCCUACAGAAAAUUCUCCUCAGCAAGUGAUGCAUGGAGCUAUGGCAUUGUCAUGUGGGAGGUCAUGUCCUAUGGAGAGAGACCUUAUUGGGAAAUGUCUAACCAAGAUGUCAUUCUGUCCAUUGAAGAAGGGUACAGACUUCCAGCUCCCAUGGGCUGUCCGGCAUCUCUACACCAACUGAUGCUCCAUUGCUGGCAGAAGGAGAGAAAUCACAGACCAAAAUUUACUGACAUUGUCAGCUUCCUUGACAAACUGAUCCGAAAUCCCAGUGCCCUUCACACCCUGGUGGAGGACAUCCUUGUAAUGCCAGAGUCCCCUGGUGAAGUUCCAGAAUAUCCUUUAUUUGUCACAGUUGGUGACUGGCUAGAUUCUAUAAAGAUGGGGCAAUACAAGAAUAACUUCAUGGCAGCAGGGUUUACAACUUUUGACCUGAUUUCAAGAAUGAGCAUUGAUGACAUUAGAAGAAUUGGAGUCAUACUCAUUGGACACCAGAGACGAAUAGUCAGCAGUAUACAGACUUUACGUUUACACAUGAUGCACAUACAGGAGAAGGGAUUUCAUGUAUGA